UUGUUGGCUAUUGCUACAGAUAUAGCUGUGCUGCUUAUGACUGCUUCUGUGCUGCAGGGUCACAUAUAAUAAAUGCAAAAAUAACAAAAUAUUUACAUCAACUUUUAGCAGCUGAAAUUUUCAUGAUAUUUUUGACACUAAAUCUAAAAAGUGAAUGGCGUAGUCUGUUAUACAGCAAAGAUGAACCAUUUAUGAAGUUCAGACAGGUGUCAGUUUAGGACGGUUCUGUUGGUUUUGAGGUUUUAGCUCUUGUGUGAACCAACAUGAGAAGAAGCUCACAUCAGCUCGCUGCUCGCAGUGAUGUGUUCAUGUGUUUCAGAGAUCCUGCAGGUGAAACAGUGAUGAAGGACAUGCCAGUGUCCAGACAUUGUCUGAGAAUCAUGUGAAUAUCAGCUGACGGAAAUGUCUUAUUUCAGCAUAACCUUUGGACAUUUAUUCCAAACUAAGCUUUUUCUCAGCGGUUUAAUCAUAAUCUGUCUUUGUGUAAUCUUAUUGUGCAUUGAUAGGUUUAAAGUCUGAUGAAACAAACCCUCAUUGAGCACAGAUGCAGUGAAAACAGGCUGUCGAAGCCCAACACGGCAUUCCUGCAGAGUCUUCUGGACCGGAUCUGAAGAAACCGACGCUGCUGAUGGAUUUCAGUGGGAAAUACCAGCUGGAGUCUCACGAGAACUUCGAGGCCUUCAUGAAGGCCGUUGGGCUGCCGGAUGAUGAGAUCGAGAAAGGCAAAGACAUCAAGAGCAUCUCAGAGAUCCAUCAGGACGGGAAGGACUUUAAGGUGACGGUGACGGCGGGAACUAAAGUGGUCCUGUACUCGUUUACGGUGGGAGAAGAGUGUGAGCUGGAGACCUUCACCGGAGAGAAAGCUAAAAGUGUGGUUCACAUGGACGGGAAUAAGCUGACGGUGUGUGUGAAGGGGAUCGAGUCUGUGACGGAGCUGACCGGAGACACCAUCAUUAACAUCCUCACCUUCGAAGGCAUCGUCUACAAGCGUCUCAGCAGACGCAUCUGAUCAGACUCACACACACACACACACACACACACACAGGAUCCGCUCAAAGCGCCUUUAUUACACCGCAGACUCUCGCUCGGUG